AUCAGUUAAGAUUGAGCAAUGGUCGCUACCACAAUCCUCUCCAGCUUUGCUCUUCGAUGGCGCUACGCUGGCGAUCUGCUUCAGGCACGUUGGACCUCGCUCCUCGAUGUCAUUGGCGAUGAUCCGAUGAGAUUGUGGGUGCUGGGCACCACAGUGGUUGUCUUUUGUGUAUAUUGGAUGUAUGCAGCCAUAUUUACAAUCAUGGACAUUACGAAUCGUCCGAGAUUUUUGCGCAAAUACAAAAUACAACCGGGUCAGAAUGAGCCUGUGGAUCUAAGUCGACUCUGGCAGGCCAUCAAAGUGGUGUUGUUUAAUUUAACGGUGGUGAAUGCACUCCACACCUGGUUGCUCUUUAAACUCGUGCUCUCCCACUACAAUAGCCAUGAUAUACGAGAGUUGCCCAGCUUUGGACGCGUCAUAAGAGAUUUUGUUGUCUUAAUUGUGCUGGAGGAGAUUAUGUUUUAUUAUGCGCACCGUUUGCUGCACCACAAGUCCAUCUACAAGUACGUGCACAAGAAGCACCACGAAUGGACGGCCCCCAUUGCGGCGAUCACUCUCUAUGCGCAUCCAGUGGAGCAUGUGGUAGCCAAUUUGAUGCCAGUCGGUGUCACAUUGUCUCUGUUGGGAUCACACGUUACAGUCGCCUGGGGCAUGAUCGCAUUGGCCGUUAUUAAUUCGAUGAGCGAUCAUGCGGGCUACAGUUUUCCCUGGUCGGCGGGAUCAGUACGUUUCCAUGACUACCAUCAUGCCAAGUUCAAUUACAAUUAUGGAGUUAUGGGCUGGUUGGAUAAGCUGCAUGGCACCUAUAGAGCACCACUCGAGCAGAAGCCAAAGCAGAAGCCGUCCCAGCAGCAGCAGCGGGUGGCAGCAAAGUUGGCUAAAAUCAAACGCAAGGCUAACUGAAUUCAUUAUGUACAACAUAUCAAUAAUACUCUCCAACGAUUUAUUUAAAUUCAAAUAUAUACUUUUGCAGCCCUGCUUUGAAAUUCAAUGA